UCCAUUGUUGUUGGUUUUGGGGGCCUACCGGAAUAGCUUGUGUUGUGAUAAUGUUACGACAUACCUUGAAGCAUUUGACAAAGGGAUGGAAGAGUUUUCACUCAAGUUCAAUAAUAGGAUCCAACAAAGUUUCCCAAGAACAGUUGGAAGUAUAUAAGCAAUUGGAGUCCAUCCCUCGUGAAAAGUUGUUGGUAAAGGAUCCUUAUGAAGGGGAGGCCUUGGGAAAGAAGGUUUAUGAACUGGUACCCGAUCCUGAAGUUCGCAAGAGAAUUCAGGAAGCGGCUGGUGAUAUGCAACUAGAGCAAUUGACGGAAUUCGAACUUUCUCGUCUUCGAGCCACUUGUGAGAAACCAGUGGAAUUCAAGAACUUUUCUUUGAAUUUUGGUCCCCAACAUCCUUCUGCCCACGGUGUGUUACGUUUGGUUCUCGAAUUGGAUGGUGAGUUGGUGAAGCGUGCAGACCCUCAUAUCGGUCUGUUACAUAGAGGAACUGAAAAGUUGAUUGAGUACAAAACCUUUUUACAAGCACUUCCUUAUUUUGAUCGGCUGGAUUAUGUCUCUAUGAUGGCUCAAGAACAGUGUUAUUCCUUAGCUGUUGAGAAGCUUUUGAAAAUCGAAGUUCCUCGUCGAGCCAAGUACAUUAGAACCUUAUUUGGAGAAAUCACUCGACUUCUCAAUCAUCUUUUAGCUAUUACUACCCAUGCAAUGGAUAUAGGAGCUAUGUCACCUUUCUUAUGGGCUUUUGAAGAGCGAGAGAAACUUAUGGAAUUUUAUGAAAGAGCCUCUGGUGCUCGUCUUCAUUCGGCAUAUGUACGUCCAGGUGGUGUUCAAUAUGAUAUUCCGUUGGGACUAUCUGAUGAUAUUUAUCGUUUCUGUGAGCAGUUUCCAGCAAGAGUUGAUGAGAUUGAAGAGAUGCUUACAGCCAAUCGAAUUUGGAAACAACGUACCGUGGAUAUUGGUAUUGUGACUGCCAAAGAUGCCUUGAACUUUGGAUUUUCAGGUCCCAUGUUGAGAGGUUCAGGUAUUGCAUGGGAUUUGAGAAAGUCACAGCCCUAUGAUGCUUACGAUGAAGUAAACUUUACUAUCCCAGUGGGUACACAUGGAGACAGUUAUGAUCGUUAUCUUUGCAGAAUUGAAGAGAUGCGACAAAGUGUAGCCAUUAUAGUUCAGUGUUUGAAUCAAAUGCCGGAAGGAGAGAUAAAGGUAGAUGAUCGAAAGAUAUCUCCUCCCUCUAGAGCAAAUAUGAAACAGUCUAUGGAGUCUCUUAUCCAUCAUUUCAAGUUGUAUAGUGAAGGCUAUGCUGUUCCUGCAGGGGAAACGUAUAGAGCCGUUGAAGCUCCCAAAGGAGAGUUUGGAGUAUAUCUGAUAGCCAAUGGGACCAAUCGACCCUAUCGUUGUCGUAUAAGACCGCCUGGGUUUUAUCAUUUGUCUGCUUUGAAUCAUAUGUGUCAAGGACAUAUGGUUGCGGAUGUGGUUACUAUGAUUGGAACUCAAGAUAUUGUAUUUGGUGAAGUGGAUAGAUGAGAAGAAAACGUGUGGAAAAGAGCGACAAUAAAAAAUUCCAUAGUAUAUAUAUAUAUAUAUAUAUAUAUAUAUAUACAAAUACAUAUAUGAUAUGGACCUUAUUCUUUCAUAAAUAAGAGGAAUAGACA